GCAGCGUAGGGGUUGAGUAAGCAGACCGGGGCCUAAACCAUUGGAAAGGACGGAACUUCCUUCCUUGUAGGUCGACAAAAAAAAUACGGUUGUACAGUAUAAAUAAGGACUAUGUGGAGCUUUCAGUCACUAUACCAGCUUCGGAUCGUCGAACACAGAGGUUUAUCACCAUCGUCAUUUUUUCAAACAUCGACAUCAUGACUCCUACAACAAACGCACUACUUGUUUGUGUGAUUUUCCUCUGCGGACUGGAGGAAACGGUCCUCUCGCAGCAUGGACUUUGCGCAGGGAAUCAGUGCUUUGCAAUUUUCCUGGAUCCCAUGGACUUUUCAGGCGCGCAGAGAAGCUGCAAAAACUUUGGCGGAGAGUUGAUCAAGGGAAUGUCGACACAUGUAUCGGAGAGUUUAGUCAGCGGGCUCCGCGGUUCUUACUGGCUGGAACCGUUUGGCAACAGAUCGACCGCGGAUGAAGCAGCAACAGGUCGCCAGAACUGUACCUCAGUCUCCGCGCCGAUGGGACUUAACGUCACAGUUCAGCAGGAGCCGUGCCAGAAGAAACUGAACGGGUUUCUGUGCCAAUUUACAUUUGAGAAGCCUUGCAGUACCGUGCAGGCAGGCGGGGGCGCACAGGUGAAGUACACCACGCAUACGAACUUCGAGGUGAGGGAUUCGGAGGUGUUUCCACAAGGAACCACCGCCGUAGUGGUAAAGGUUGGUGACAGAUAUCCGGACACGAAGCAUCUAUGUUUCGAAAUGAAAUGGUUGCGGGCUCCCUGGAAUUGCGAGGUGUUGGGUGGCGGUUGUGAGUACGGCUGCAAUUCUACAUCAAAAUCCUGCAUCUGUCCCGCACGGCAAACUCUCCAUCCCAACGGCAUCACCUGCAUCAAAGGUCCGUGCGCCGACUGUGCGCAGCAGUGCCAUAAGGAGGGCAACACUCACGUGUGCAGGUGCGAGAAAGGCUACAGGCUGGCGAAGGAUAGGAAGAACUGUGUGGACGUUAAUGAGUGCGAGGAGAAUAGCCCCUGCACAGGUGAGGGUGAGGAGUGUGAGAAUACCAAGGGAAGUUAUGAGUGCAAGUGCAAACAUGGCUACAACGAAGAGGAUGGAAAGUGUGUGGAUAUGAGAAUCUGUGAGCGGUGUGAGCACCUCAACUGUGAAAAAUCCAACGGGGUUUAUGGGUGUCAGUGUCGCAAGGGGUACAGGGUAUCACCGAAGGACCCCACCAAGUGUGAGAUGGUCUGCACCGAGAGAGACUGCCUGGCCAGAUGCAUCCCUCAGGCCGAGGGGGAGCCGAGUUGCUUCUGCCCUGAAGGCUACGUUCAGGACCUUCAAAACAACACCAUCUAUUGCACCGACAUCAACGAAUGUGACAGUCAGGAACAUUGUCCUGGUCAGAGGUGUGAAAAUUUAUUUGGUAGUUUCAGGUGUGUAGACACGGAGGACAAUGAUGAUGGAUCGGGCUCAGCUCCACUAUCCUCACCAGCCCCACCAGUCAUACCAGCCAGUGCACAACCAGCCGCACUACCGUCUUACGUCAAGACCGGCAGCAUCCUGGGUAUAACCUUGUUCUUCGCGAUGAGCGCAGUGCUACUGUGUUGCGCGGUCCGAUACGUGGUCAAACGUUGCGGCAAACUUGAGCUUUCCUCCCUCAAAAGGCCAGAUAUGGAUAUUUUCUAUCUGCAGCAGGUUACCACGGAGACGUAUAAGAGAUUAUCCUUCGACAAACAGUUUAAAAACGACUCACAAAGACUUUAACCACACUGAUGAAGACAUAUAUGCUGCUUUUCGACCUUCCUCUUUUGUCACAUUGCACUGUUUUGGUUCCUCAGAAUCGGCACAUUUACUGUAUAGGACUUCUUCACAGUUAUCCAUAGGCAGGGUUAAUGGGACACUCAAUAAACCACAUACUGUAUACAUCAUAGCAGUGAAUGCCCAUAAAGAUAUGAGGAUUUUAACAGUUUAAUGUUUUCUUAAUGGGGUUUUUUCUCUUUUAUAUUGGGGUUUGUUUGCUUUAUGAUUAUAACCUACAAGAGUUCUUAGUUUACCUUUUUGUUACCAAAAUAGGAAAAUUGGUGGCUUUUUUUCUCAAUUGGAUCUAUCCUUAGAGUAAGAUGUGACAAAUGAGAUGCUGUUACACAGAAAAAGUCUAAUAGUAAUGGUACUAAAAGUUGGUAUGUACACUUUUUUUUCCAGUGAUGGUGUACUUUUCUCAAACAUGCGACAAAUCCAUCAGUGUAAACUUUAAAUUUAAAGAACACUAAUCUCAAAAAUACGGCCCUCGGUUUUAGUCAUUUAAUGUAACAGAGUGCCUUGGUCUUUGCUUGACUGCAUUUUCAUGUAGUACAAAUAAUGUCAUAUUCCACAUAUUUCUUAUUGACAUAUUUAUGAACUACUUCAGUAAGGUCUUUAUGGUUUUUAUUCUUUGAUAAAAUAACACUAUAAGUCUUUAGAGUUGAUAAAAGGAGCCAGAAGAAGAGUUCUCUUUAAGGUCAAAUGCACAUUGUUAGUGUCUUUGUGGGUUUCAUGGACACAAUGACUCGUAAUGACUGAUUUGCUCAUGAAACACAUCUGUAUUUCAUGGGUUUGGAUUUAUGACGUUUCAGCUAGAUAUACAGUAGACUAUAUCUAGUUUUGAAACAGACAAGUCAGUCAGUAUUUCUAAAUGCCAACAACACUGACAGAGUGAAGCGGUUUCAUUUUUCUGAAUGAUCCAUAUUCUCAUAUAUCUGAACUUUAACCCAUGAUUCUUCAGGGCUUGAUUUUCUGGGGGAAAACAGUUAACAUGGAGCCCCCACACUCCAUUAAAGGUGUAUUGCUGAUAGCGAAUAAAACGGGGGUCAUUUAAAACUGAAAGGAAUUACAGUUUAGUUGUUUUUUAUGCGUCAGAACAUUAGAGAUGCAAUGCUACCGUAUUCACUUAUUAUUCUGAGGUGUUAUAACGGCUGUAAGUUGCUUCCACUGACAUUUGCAUGGGGUUGAAGGUUCUUAAUUUUACUGUAUAAUAAACAAACUGGUCUUAGAGCCACAGAUGCUGUGCUGCAGGCUUUAAUAGAUCAAUUAAACAUGAAUGUAAAACUGUGCUGCUAUGAUCUACUUAUAUAAUGGAGGCCAUCACUGUAUGAAAACACAAUUGUGCCUCAUUCAUUUGUGCUCGGUCAUUAUACUGUAUGUCUGUAUGACAGGCUUAUUGCAAGCUUACACUUGUUGCAAUGUUUGCUUUUUUGUUGAUGAAUGUAUCACUAUUGAAUGAUAAAACAAUAAAAAAUUGGAGCAUAAAAGUUGUUUUUUUGCUCUUUGUUUUCAUGCUUUCAUGCUUUGUAGUUACCAGAGAAGCAUCAGAGACCGGCUACAAUGAACUAUGUAGAUAAAUAUACAUGAAUUGGAUGUUGAAGCUGAA